AUGUCAAGUGUCAAACUGUCGGCUGUCAUCAAAUUGUCAUUCACUCUAGUAUUGUGCUGUGAGCCCGCUGGAGAAAUGUCCGAUACCGCCGGCGAUAAUUUAAAACUUCGAGUAGUUGUUUUAGGAGGGUGCGGCUUCAUCGGUCGUAACUUAGUAGAUCACCUAAUUACCAAUGAUUUGGUGACUGCUUUACGAGUUGUAGACAAAACGCCGCCUCAGCUCGCUUUCCUCAAUCCGACUCACACAAAGGCCUUUGAAGAUCCUCGUGUGGAGUAUAAAAGUGCCAACCUAAUCAAUCCAGCAUCAUGCGCGUCAGCCCUGGAACCAGAUGGCACACCAUGGGACAUAGUCGUAAACUGUGCAGGCGAGACGAGGGUCGAAAAGACCGAAGCUGUGUACUCUGAGGGCAUUCUAACCCUAAGCGUGAACGUGGCCAAACAAUGUGCUAAGCUGAAGGUCAAUCGUCUCAUUGAGAUCUCUAGCGGCCAGAUGUGCAGUGGCGAUAAGCCUCACAAAGAAGAUGGCGCCGUGGAACCUUGGACGGUGGAGGGUAGAAUGAAAAGCAAAGUGGAACAAGAGCUAAAGAAACUCGAACCUGAAUUGAAUUACACAAUUUUGCGACCAGCUAUAGUAUACGGCAUUGGAGAUAGAAGAAGUUUAACGCCGCGUCUCUUGUACGGAGGUAUCUACAAACAUUUAGGAGAAACAAUGAAACUACUCUGGACCGCCGACCUUAAAGUGAACACAGUACACGUAACAGACCUCUGUCGCGCCAUUUGGAAGGUAUCCACCAUGCCAGACGCAGUGGGACAGAUUUACAAUGUGGUGGAUGAAGCGAACAGCUCACAGGGAAGUCUAGCUGAAAUGGUCGCAGAGAUAUUUAAAAUUAACCACGAUUAUUAUGGAACGGCUAUAUCUACAUUGGCAAAGAAUGACAUAGCCUCAGUGGCGGAGGAAGCGAACGUGAAACACUUGACUGCCUGGGCCGACAUUUGUAGGAAGUACAACCUAGAACAUUCCCCGCUCGAGCCCUUCGCCAGCACGGAGCUGCUGCUAAAUAAGCAGCUGUGCCUGGACGGCAGCAAGUUGCGCGCUGUGCUGCAAAUGGAAGUACCCCGACCGACUGUUGAUAAAUUACUCGCAGUAUUGCAGGACUAUGCAUCAAUGAAUCUCUUUCCCAAUGAACUACUUCUAUGA